AUGCCUGGCCUAAGAGUUGCCUUCACAGGUGGCUCGGGCAAAGUAGGCCGACAUGUGAUCAAAGAACUCCUCCACUAUGGCCACCAGGUCAUCAACCUCGACCUCGUCGACCUUGCAUCCUCCUCCACAGACAUGCCUGAGCUGAAAGACGUUCAUACCAUAAAAUGUGACCUCACCGACAGCGGCCAGGUCUUCAGCAGCCUCAACACGCACAUGAAAUUAGGUGAACCGUUCUCUGCGGAACCGCCUCGACCUCCAGAUGCGGUGAUCCACUUCGCCGGGAUCAAUAAGCCCAUGGUUGUCUCUGACGGAGAGACAUUCCGGAUAAAUGUUAUGGGGACGCACAAUGUGGUCGAAGCGGCAUGUAAGCUAGGGAUCAAGAAGAUCAUCAUUGCAAGCAGCAUCACCGUCUACGGCGUUGCCUUCGGCCUGGGCAAUUUGGAGUAUGCCUCUUUUCCAGUUACGGAAGAAGCAGAUUGUAAUCCGACGGACCCAUAUGCGUUAUCCAAGCUGUGCGGAGAGAGGAUUGCACGGAGCUAUGCUGCAAAGUUCGGUGUGGAUAUAUACUGCCUGAGGAUUGGGAGGGUGUUCGAGCCAGAUGAAUACAACAGCGACAUGUUCUGGGGAUACGUCAAUGAGCCGGAGAAGUGGUUUCAGCACGGCUGGUCUUACGCCGAUGCUAGAGAUCUGGGUCAAAUGUGCCACCGUGGGCUUGCGAAGUCAGAUCUGGGGUUCCAGAUUUUCAAUGCCGUGAACGACACCAGAACCAACUCCGAGGGGGAUACGAACGAGUUCCUGCGACGGCUGUACCCGCAUAUUCCGCACUCGAGAAAAAUGGACGAGUAUGAAGCGCCGAUCAGCAAUAGCAAGAUACGACUACUGUUGGAUUUUAAUGAACAGCAUAAGUGGAUGGCUUAUUAUGUUGCGAGAUUGACUAGACCUAGCGUGUCGGCAGGCCGGGUCGAGUGA